CCUAAUUAUAUAGGCGUUAAUUGAUUUACGCCACUCCAAGUGUGCUUCAGUGAGUGGAUUUAUUUCCGCAAGCUUCGCUGCCUUAAAGGUCUAAGAGCAUUUGUCAACCAGUUUCUGCGCAUCGUGCAUGGCUAUCGUUGUGGAUGUCCACUUUGUAUUGGACUUUCAAAUGGGUUCGCGUAGCAAUAGGUUUUUUGGGCCAUAGGGCGAGGUGAUUAGUUCUGACGACUAUACGUAGAAUUUGUUUGCUGCCGACACAAUGUCUAUGGUGGAAAAAGGUUAAUCAUUAAGUUAAUUCUGCUCGCCCGAAUCAGCUUUAAUCGCAGGAAUUAUGAGUUUUAACCGACCACUUUCGUCAACAGGGUUGAGGUGAUCCAGAUCCCUUGAUUUAUACUGCAACUGUUGACUGCUGAUUACUGUGGGAUCCUUCUUUGAACUUUACUUCAGCGGUUGCUAGGUGCCUGGAAGAGCUGCGUUGUUGAAAAUUUCCAUCGAAGAGGUUGAAGUCGUUUGCUUUUCAAGUGUCGCCUCUCGUAAACAACCGCUGUUUUUGCGCGAUCCAGGCAGUGUAAUCAGAGAUUCGAAAUUCCCCACAUGUUUCUUCUCUGUUCUUUCGUAUCUUUCAUUUAUUUCACUGUUUAUUCAAUUAUUCCAGAAGAUGAUGAAUGCAAACUAGUCACCAGGAAAGAGUACAUUCGAGUGGGUGAGUCUUCCGAGCGUCAAGCCGUCAGUUUUGAGGCUUGUAAACGACUACUUCUAACUAGAAACAACCUGUGACAAGUGUGCUGAAAUCGGUGUCGUUUUAGCUUAAGCCUGUUGCACCUGGACAGUGGAGUCUUACAUGCAACCCUACGAAUGACGAGUUAUUUAACAUUAACAACUCGUAUGCAUCUAGAGUGCUGUCACAAUGGCUGCGGAGUGAGGAUAACUUAUUGGAGUUGCAUUUGUUUCUUAAGAACGUGUCUUAUAGUCCAGUAGGCCUCUUGAGUAAUUUGUUGACCUGGGUUUUGAUCUUCUCGAAACCGACCCUCUUUAUGGAUGCCACGGGCGCCAAUGACACUUGGAUCUGUCAUUUAGCUCGACAGGUGGCGUCGAGGAUAUACAGAAUAAGCUUCACUGCACUUUUAAGCCGGUCGGGAGGGACGUGGCAGUGAAGCCGUGGCAGAUGCUGAGCAUUGAAUCCAGUUAUUGGAAGAGCAAUGUGGCAUACCUCACACAUUUGUCGUAGAAAGUUGAGAGCUUCGUAAAAGCCCAAAAUGUUUGUAGAGAUGGUGGUAGUGAUCGAAGACUGCCUGAAGUUGUCUGUAGUGCCUUAGUUCGACGUCCUCCUUUUUCGUUGAGAUAGCAAUCAUAGACAUGGAGAGCUCUGCGAAAGUCUGAAAGAGGGAGAUUCAAAACAUGCGUGAACCAGAGGAUUAAUUCUGUGGAUUAGUGAGGUUCUAAAGUUCUCAGAAGUACUGGUUGAACAUUGGACUUGGGUUGGCGGGUGAAACGGAGGUGUAGUUAGAGUGAUGCGUGAAGCAAGUGUAGAUGUAUGAAGCUAGUCGAAGUUGCUGAUCUAGCAAAAUGAGGGAAUGCUUUUCUGUGCAAAAAGUAGCAGCGAGUUUAUUGUGUACUUAUUUCCAAGAUAGUGGAAUUUGUUGCACUUCUGCAAAAAAUGGUCAGAUGUAGAGACAAUCAUUUGUGGUGUGCGCAGGGGUUUAAUGCUCUCGUAUCCCUCUUGUUCAGGCUUCAAUAAAUUUUCGAAGUAGAUUCGAGAGACAACCGGUUUGAUUCUUGAUUGAUAUCGCUACAAACACAAAUACCUGAGAGGGAGAAUCCGUCGCCACUUCUUGUCCUUGGAGAUACGUAUUCCAUUCGACUGCGGCAAAAGAAGGGAAUUAGGUAGUGUGAAUGACGUUCCUUCGGUGGGGGACGAAAGAAUGGAAGGCUCGAAGUACUAAAAUUUGAAUAAUCAGCCACGCUCAGAGAUACUGGCAUGCUAUCCGAGCAUCUGCUGCAGGACUCUGCAACUUAGGGAGGAGGUGUUAAAGUAGCGAGAACAUCUUUCCAGCGUUUGAGAGGGGGCUUACCGUUCAGCGAUUUUCAUUCAGGGGAGUAAUCUUUGCUAAGAAAGGCUGUGACCCAAUGGAUUCUGUGAUGGGGAACAAUUCAGCUCAUCCCAGCUUUAGAGAAGAAAGUGUAAGACCGUCUCUCAUGCGCACUGACUCCAUGAGCAGUGACAACUCAAUUGAUGCUGAAAACCUUGUUGAUAUCCCAGUCUCACCGAGUAUGAUGCUAUACCCAGAAAGUCUGCCUCAAAUGAAUCCCGACGAGCAGUUGGAGAACGAACUCAAAAAACAUGAUCGGAAACGAUUGAGAAAGAAAUGGAAAGGUGAUGCACAACGAGUUGCAAACAAGCUUUCAUCAGUUAUCAAGAAACGCGGUCAUAAAAAUGGUGGUGACAGUUCGCCUUCCUUCUCGGAUUCCAGGUCUACCGGGAUAGAUUCAUUCCGAAGCCGAGAUGGCCAAAGCUCGAGCGAGGUGAGCUGCGCCGAUGACGAUGAAUUCAUCCCUCUCUCGUUUUUUGACGAUGAUGGUAGAAACGUAGGAUCAUCUCCAGAAGACUUUCCGCCGCCAUUACCAGGAGGAGUGGUUCUGGAUCAGAAAUAUGCCAUAAGUGCUAAGGCAAUGAAUGCGAUUAUAUUCAAGCCAGGAUCAGAAUUUGUGCGGGAUUUACUCCAGAUUCAGAAGACCACUGAUUAUGUGGAAGAGCCGUGGAAGAAAGUAGGAAACGAGCCCAUCAAAAGGUCCAUCACCUACAUGAGAGCUGCAUCCAAGCUGGUAAAAGCAGUCAAAGCAUAUGAGACCCAAACAUAUCAGCGAGCUGACGACAAAGGAUUUUGUAUUCUAAUCUCAAGCUCUACGCCUGAUGUGCCCUAUGGAGGGAGUUUUAUAGUUGAAAUGCAGGCAGUUAUUGUGGGGCUUCCCGACACAGCAAGUGGUGAAAAAUGCUGUCAGCUGCGAAUAUCAUGGAGACUUAAUUUUCUGCACAGUACGAUGAUGAAGGGGAUGAUCGAAAGUGGUGCAAGGAAUGGAAUAAGAGACAGUUUUGUUGUUUAUCGCGAGGUUCUCUCGAGGCAUGCCACUCCUCUUUCAUCCAGUAAAGAAUUACCUUCUGGUGGUGACGAUGAGAUACUCAUCAGUGACUGGGAAAUCGCGUGGGAUUACUUUAAGAAAUGGCAUGUGCUCUUUGCAUUAGUGUCUUUGAUUAUCAUCUUGGUUCACAUUGCUCUCGCUCCCCCCAAAAAAAAAUGUGGACUUGAAUUUUGGAUAAUCCAUUUUCCCGAUUCCUUGAUGGAGCUGAUUAUGUCAGCGGUGGUUGUGAUUCAAGUCGAGCGUUUAGCCAUCAUGAUCUACUAUUUUGUUCGGGCUCGCUACUGGCAAUCUGGAGACCAUGGAGUGAAAGCUCAGGGGGACGGGUGGUUAACAUCAGUUACCCUGGUAGAAGGAGUAAACAUUGCUCUCCCUGAUUCUGGCACUCCUAGUCCAUAUGUAAUAUUUAGGUGCAAUGGGAAAAGUCGAACCAGCUCGGUAAAAUUGCGAACUUCGAACCCAGCUUGGCGCGAGAUUUUUGAGUUCAAUGCGUCUGAUAAUCCACCCACAACCAUGGACAUUGAGGUCUUCGAUUAUGAUGGUCCAUUUUCGGAAGCAGAAUCACUUGGUUAUGCCGAAAUAAACUUUUUGAAACAAAGUGCAGGGAAGUUAGCGGACUUCUGGCUCCCUUUAGAAGGAAAUAGUGCUCGGGCAAAUGGAGCAAAAUUGCAUUUACGAGUAUUUCUGUCCAACACCAGAGAUACUGAUGCUUUACCUGAGUACCUUGAACGGGUUGAACGAGAAGUUGGUUUGAAGGUCAGGAAGCGUUCCGCUCAAAAGAACAAUUCUUUUCAGAAGCUCUUCUCGUUACCUGCAGAAGAGUUUUUAUUCAAUGAUUUUGCUUGUGCAAUCAAGAGGAAGAUACCAAUUCAGGGCCGUUUGUUCCUGUCGCCCCGUCUGUUAGGAUUCUACUCAAACUUGUUUGGUCAUAAGACCAAGUUCACUCUUCUUUGGGAGGAAAUCGAAGAGAUCAAGGAGAUAGCCCAAUCUAUCAAUCCCUCAAUUGUUGUGUUUUUGCGAAAAGGUCGUGGCUUCGAUGCCCGACAUGGCGCACGCGGUAUUGACGGAAUGGGUCGCUUGAAGUUCCAAUUCCUAUCAUUUGUGCGUUCUGGGACUGCUUUCAGAGCCAUUGUUGCGUUGUGGAAGAACAGAAAUUUGAGUUUAGAACAGAAAAUGGACAUCAUAGCAAAUGUAGAAGCUGGCGACAUGAAGUACUCUGUGGCAGAGCGACAAGCGGAUGAUCGUCAGCCUUUCCUGGGGAUUGAAGAUGCCUCUAUGUCAGAGGUGGUUCACAUGGAAAUUCCCAUUACUGUUGAGAGUGUGCACGCAGUUAUCCUGGAUGAAAAAAUGGAUCGCGCUAUAAGUGAGAAACUUGGUCUCUCGGACUACGAGAGCUCUCCAUGGGAGAUUGUUGAUAAGAAGGCUCAGCUUGAAAUUCGGCGUCGUCAUCGUAGUUACAAACUUAAUCGUCUUAUCACCCAAUUUGGGAGCAAAAUAUCUUGUGUUCAGCAGAAAAGUCUUUCCGUUAACUCAAAGAAAUUGGUCAUCAACGAGAUACUGACACUUCAUGAUGUGCCAUUCGGUGAUCAUUUUCAAAUACAAACUCGUAUGGAAUUUGAGACUCUAUCUAUGGAACCAAUCACCACACACUUCAAGGCUUUUGUUGGGGUUGCAUGGCAGAAGGCCACCGAGUUGGAUCAACGGAAGAUGACAAAGAACAUAUAUGAGCACAUCACAAACCAGUAUCAGGCUCUUGUAGAGUUCAUUGUUGAGGAAGUUCAACAAGGGAAUUCUCCUCGGAACCCCCCCAUGAACGAUGAUUCUAAAAGAAUUAAUGGAGUUUGAAACUGAACUAUUUCAUACCUGACAGUGGCUUUUCAGACGCAAGUGACACGCGUGUUGAGAGACGCUGCAACUGGCGUGGUAAUUAUGGAAGUGCUUAGGCGCAACGUAUGUGGAUGUCUUCAAGCUUUAUGAACAAAUUCGGCACUUCAUGUAAAGGUUAAAAUUUAGAAUGCGGUUGAAGAACACGAAAUGUUGCCUCCCCUGGUAAUUAGUCUUUUUAGUGCAGUCAAAUAGUGCAUUGACUAGAACCUUUGAAAGGACUCUUGGGUUUGUACCAUACUGUAGGGAUUGUUUAUUCGGUCAGUUUUAUGAAAUUAUGCGGUCCUCCAGGGUCCUGAAACAUUACACUCCAUUGUUAAGUUCAAAGUACAACUCGGUAUAUUUUUCUUUCUUCAGUCAAAAAUUGUGCAACAGAGAAACAUUUUAUCAUCA